AUGGUUGUGUCUUUUGUGUAUGCUGUUAACUGCAGGAGUGGGAGACAGUUACUGUGGGAGGAUCUUUGUGCUCUAUCUAGAGAUUCUGCUGUGUGUGCUCGGCCCUGGGUUGUAAUGGGAGAUUUCAAUCAAACCUUGAACCCUGCUGAACACUCUUCUGGGGGCACCCGUAUCAAGAAAGGAAUGGAGGAAUUCCAUGACUGCCUAUCUUAUGCCAAUCUCCAAGACCUUACCAUUAGGGGGAACCAAUUUACUUGGUGGAAUAAUCAGGAGCUGAACCCGAUUGCUAAAAAUCUGGAUAGGGUCCUGAUCAAUGAUGAAUGGAUGAUCAAGCAAGAGGCAGCAUGGUCGUCGACACUUUAUGAUUUCCCAUUUCCUCUCCAUGAUGAUGAGUUCCUCCCGCGCCUUCUCAAUUAUUGGCAUACGGCGGACUCUUAUGGCACUGCUCAGUUCAACCUGGUCACAAGGCUCAAAGAACUUAAGGGGAUUAUUCGAGAUCUUAAUAAAGAAAAGUUUUUGGGGUUGGAGAACCAUACAAGAGACGCUCAGGAAUCACUGCAUCAAUGUCAAGACUUGUUAUUGAGCGAUCCCUCAAGGUCUGCAGUAGCUCAGGAGAAACAGGCUCAUAAGCAAUGGAUGACACUUACCAUAGCAGAAGAGAAGAUCAUGGUGACCCGUAGAGCGCAGAACCAAAUUCAUUAUCUGAUUAACGAGCAAGGUCAGAGGUUAACUAGUCUUGAGGAGGUGAAAUCACAUUGUGUGUCCUACUAUCAGGACCUGAUUGGAAGCCAACCUAUCCUACUUACUAAUACUGAGAUUGAGCGAAUCAGGGAACUUAUCCCUUUUAGACUGGGGGAAGACUCUCAAGAGGCUUUAGUUGCGGAGAUCACUGAUGCAGAAAUAAAGAAGGAAUUCUUCUCUAUGCCAACGAACAAAACCCCUGGUCCAGAUGGAUACACCGGCGAGUUCUUCAGGGCAUCUUGGGACAUUAUAUCGGAAAUGAUCUUAUUGUUGCAGUCAAGGAAUUCUUUCGGACUGGUCAUUUCUAAAAUUAUAGCACAACGCAUGGAGGAUAUCCUUCCACUAAUGAUCUCCAACUCCCAGUCUGCCUUUGUCAAAGGUCGACUUCUAGUGGAGAAUGUCUUACUCGCCUCAGAAAUGGUGCAAGAUUUUGGCAGGAAAAAUGUCACGCCAAGGGCUCUGCUAAAGGUGGACCUGAGGAAGGCUUUUGAAUGUGUGAAGCAGUGUGUCACAACCACAUCCUCCUCUAUGAACAUCAAUGGGGAGCUAUGCGGAUACUUCAAAGGAGGUAGAGGGCUUAGACAAGGAGAUCCCCUCUCCCCCACCCUCUUUGUAAUCGCCAUGGAAGCUCUCUCCAACCUUCUCAGCCUCCGAUUUGACUCUGGUCGAAUAGGUUAUCAUCCCUUGGGAAGAAAUCCAAUCAUCUCGCACCUUGCUUUCGCGGAUGAUCUAAUGAUAUUCUUUGAUGGGAGAAACUCCUCUCUGCAAGAGAUUUCAUCCCUCUUAGAUGAUUUCAAGGAUCUUUCAGGGCUGAGUAUGAAUAGUGACAAGUCCACCCUGUUCGCUGCAGGUAUUUCUGAGCAGGCUCUCGAACAGCUGUCCCACCAAGGUUUCAGUAUUGGUACCUUCCCUGUUCGCUACCUAGCACUUCCUCUUCUCCACCGCAACCCCAGGAAAGCAGACUAUUCUCCUCUUCUGGAUAACAUAAAGACGAGGUUCUCCUCCUGGUCCACAAAAGUUUUCUCUUUCGCGGGUCAUCUCCAGCUCAUUUCAUUUGUGAUCUAUAGUUCUGUUAACUUCUGGUCCUUUGCUUUCGCCUCCCCAAAGGGCGCCUCCGCCUCAUUGAAUCCAUGUGCAAUGCCUUCCUCUGGUCAAGGAGUCUGGAAAAGCGUGCAAAUACAAAGGUUUCAUGGAAAGAUAUCUGUCUUCCCAAAAAAGAAGAAUGGUGGCUCCCUUUGGGUAGCCUGGAUGAGAGAGCAUAUGCUCAAGAAUCAAAGCUAUUGGUCCGCUGAAGUAAGUUUUGGGUCCUUGUGGAUGUGGAAAUUCCUAGUUGCCUUGAAACCUUUGGUAAAGCCACUUAUAGAGUGCACUAUUGGAGAUGGUAAAACGGCUAGCUAUUGGUAUGACAAUUGGAGUCAGUUGGGGCCUCUGAUUGAUGUUAUAGGUCAUGAUGGUCUGAUUGAUGUUAUAGGUCAUGAUGGUCCGAGACUCAUGGGCAUUCCCAGGGAUGCAACUGUCGUUCAAGGAACUGGUCCUCAAGGAUGGAGACUUCCAUCUCACAGGACUAGAAAUCCCCUUCUCCAAUCGCUUCGCAUAUCUCUCCUCCAACUUAAUCCUCCGGUGGAAUCUGCAGGAUCUGACUCUUACUCCUGGGGACAGGAAGGUGAAAGAAAAGACUUUUUUAGCACCAAAAUUACCUGGAAUUUGUUGCGACCUGCAUCAGGGAUCAAAUAG